GAAUAUUCAAUUUUUCAAUAUGGACCAACCCAAAAACUGAAUGGCGAUUUUGUCUGCUUUGCUUGUUUCAUAAUUUUAUCUGCUUCAUCUCUCACAAGUCACAAAUAAGAAAAAGCGAGAGUGAAGCAGCUCUCUAAAAUUCAGCAAUGGCGACCACGCCAGCACUGACGCUUCAUCUCUCUCGCCUCGCCCGCCACUUCCCUUUCUCUUCUUCUCCUCUCCCGACUCCUUUUCACUUUCCUCGUGCUCGACUCCUUCUCAGGCUGCCUGACCUGCCCUUCCGCCGCACCCGUUCCUUCUCCACCUCCAACUUUUCCCGCCGAUUCUCUGUUGCCGCCUCGACCGGCCCAGGUCUAAGUGAUGAUGGGAUACAUGAUGAAAGAUAUGAUGUCAUUGUGGUCGGAGGAGGACAUGCAGGCUGUGAAGCUGCCCUAGCAUCUGCUCAUUUAGGGGCGAAAACUCUUCUACUCACCCUAAAUAUUGAUAGAAUUGCUUGGCAGCCCUGCAACCCAGCAGUUGGUGGACCAGCAAAGUCUCAACUUGUACACGAAGUGGAUGCCCUUGGUGGUGAAAUUGGGAAGAUUUCUGAUCGAUGCUAUUUACAGAAGCGUGUACUCAAUGCCUCAAGGGGCCCUGCUGUUCGGGCAUUGCGUGCACAGACUGAUAAACGGGAAUAUGCUAUGGAAAUGAGAAAAAUAGUAGAGAGCACACCAAACCUUUCAAUUCGAGAGGCAAUGGUGACAGAUAUCUUAUUAGGAAAGAAUGACAAUGUUGAAGGUGUGCGGACAUUCUUUGGGAUGAACUUCUACUCUCCUUCAGUUAUUCUCACGACAGGCACAUUUAUGAGUGGUAAAAUUUGGGUUGGUAGAACUUCUAUGCCUGCAGGAAGGGCUGGCGAAUCAGCUUCACUUGGACUCACUGAAAACUUACAGCGCCUUGGAUUUGAAACUGAUCGGUUAAAGACUGGAACCCCAGCGCGUGUGGACUGUCGCACUGUUGAUUUUUCUGGAUUGGAACCACAACGUGGCGAUGAAGAGGUCGGCUGGUUUAGUUUUGAUCUUGAUGUCCAUAUUGAAAGGGAACAAAUGUGCUGCUAUCUCACACGUACCACAAAGAGCACUCACCAACUAAUCAAAGAUAACUUGCAUGAAACUCCUACUUAUGGAGGAUGGGUUGAGGCGAAGGGGCCUAGGUAUUGCCCUUCAAUUGAAGAUAAGAUUGUUCGGUUUCAGGAUAAAGAGUCUCAUCAAAUAUUUCUUGAACCAGAGGGCCGAGAUGUGCCGGAGCUUUAUGUGCAGGGAUUCUCAACUGGUUUACCAGAGAGACUACAGUUACCACUCUUGAGGACUUUGCCUGGGCUUGAAAAUUGUUCAAUGCUGAGGCCUGCUUAUGCUGUAGAGUAUGACUUCUUGCCUGCUUAUCAAUGUUCUCGGUCUCUUAUGACAAAGAAAAUCGAUGGGCUUUUCUUCUCUGGUCAAAUAAAUGGAACUACAGGCUAUGAGGAGGCUGCAGCACAAGGCAUUAUUUCUGGUAUCAAUGCUGCCAGACAUUCAGAUGGCAAGUCCCUCAUUGUUCUUGAGAGAGAAAGCAGUUAUAUAGGAACAUUGAUCGAUGAUCUGGUCACGAAGGACCUUCGAGAGCCUUACCGCAUGCUAACCAGUCGAUCAGAGCACCGGUUACUUCUCCGAUCUGAUAAUGCUGAUAGCCGUCUCACACCACUGGGGCGUGAAAUUGGGUUAAUAGAUGAUAGACGAUGGAAACUCUACCAGGACAAACAAGCUCGAAUUUCAGAAGAAAAGAAGCGAUUGAAAUGUGUCAGAAUUUCAGGAGGGGAAUUGGCAGCUGAUGUUACUCGUCUUUCUAGUCAGCCAGUGAAGGACUUUACAACUUUGGAGAGUCUUCUAAAGAAACCACACAUAGAAUAUAAAGUUCUUGAUAAGCAUGGUUUUGGGAAUGAACUGUUGUCUAGAAUAGAAAAAGAAUGUGUGGAGAUUGACAUCAAGUAUGCCGGCUUCAUUCUGCGCCAACAGAGCCAACUCCAACAAAUGGUCCAUCAACAGCACAGAUUACUUCCAGAGGACUUAGAUUACUAUUCAAUAACAACUUUAUCUCUUGAAUCACGCGAGAAGCUCUCCAAGGUGAGGCCACAGACCGUUGGUCAAGCCAGUAGAGUUGGUGGGGUGAGCCCUGCCGAUAUCACUGCUCUCCUCAUUAUCCUUGAAGCUAAUAGGAGGAGAGCACAUGAACAGAAGAAGCUCGAACUGCUAAAUUCUAUCAAGACGGAUACAGAUCAGCAUGUAGAUGAAUUGCCGUUGACUGGGACACUCAGUUCAUGAUGUUUCCGUGCCUGUCGAAGUUAGCAUUUGAGUUGGAUUCAAGUGUAUUAAGUGAAUCCUAAAGUAUCAAUGUAUAGAGAACGCAUCAUGGUACGAGGUGAAUUGGAGAUCUGUCUGGGCAGAUACCCGGGUCGGAAUUGCAUACGGAUAGCUUGUUUUGCAACGGAACUAUGAGGAUCUGCUGCUAUUAGCUCCUGUGUACUCGAGGAACGCAUAUCGAUCCUCGUCCUAGCAUAGUGUUAAAUUCAUGUCUGCAACAGAAGUGAAGAUAGAAGUUAAAAGUACUGGUUGAAGUACAAUGUCAUUUUUUCAGGCUGCAUCUGGUGAAGGAAGAACCCCUUUUCAAGCAUUAGUUAUUGAGAUUUCCUAUUCCGUUAAAAAAACAAACCGGAUAUAAUUGAAGUUA